AGUUCAGAACGCAUUCUCUGGACGAUGGAACCAGAACAUGACGAGAGAGUAACAUAUUUACUCGACUGGAUAGAUCGGAAAGCAUGGUCCUUGGCAAAAUUUGGUAUGGAGAAAUUCCUCAAAACCAAGAAGCGCGGGGCCGUGGUUUCGAACGCCGGAUAUGUGUCUCGGAGUCACCCCGAAGACCCUGUUUUCGACUGGCUUCCGUUCGAUCAGGCACAAAGAACCCACGACCGCACGUUACAAGAAUCAAUCGCCUCUUAUGACCCUACUACAACCACUGUUGUUUUCGUAUUUCUCGUUUCUAACUCUUACUCCUCCAUGGCAAUUUGGCGCAAACUGCUGACAAUACCACCUUCCAUCCAAUUGCGGAUGAAUGUGCCGCUAGAGAAGCUCAAAAGAGAACUGCUCAAGACUACGAACAUUAUUCAAAUCAAGUGCGGCGGAUAUCGUAACUUUGUCAAAUUUGGGAAUUGUAUCACUGAUUCGGAUACAUUCUGCCUUCUUCAGAUCGCCUGCAUUGUGGACGGGACCGACUCCUAA